AUGCACGAGUCUCAGCCCAUUUCUGUAUUAGAUUAUCCCAACAUGUUCGUCCCCGACUACAACGUUGACGGUGCUUCCGCUUUUGAUUCUCUUCAAUUCAGCAACGUAGACACCCCAGUCACUGUUAGCACAGCGUCAUUAUCAAUGUCUCCACCACUUGGCAAUAUACCAUCCCGUCCAUCUAGUGUUUCGGACGCCUUUGGCAUCUACGAUCAACCACAGCAUCACCAGCAGCAGCAUCCUUCUUCAACCCUGCAGUUCAGCCGAGAUCAAUGGAACAUGGCUCUCCCCAUUCCACGCUCGACUGUAUACCCGGACCAACAGAAGCUGAGCAGGGCCAUGCCAGAUAACUGUCCCGGAAGCAACAGGCAGUCCAUGUCGUCUGCGCAUGGUUACUCAGACCUCUCGAAACCAUUAGACAUGCACCUCCAAAAUCUCGAUGGCUCAAUACCCACCACCCAGGGCCAGUAUGGCCUCUCCGCAACCUCAUACCCACAAGCACCUUAUUAUACACCUGUCCCUUCACUACCAACCACCCCCCCAUCAACAAGCUCCCCGACUUUCUCGCGCUCUCACGCGCAGGCACCUUCCCACUCUCAUCACCGAACACAGUCCUCCAGCUCCCCGUCUCCAACAGCUCUAAGCGAAGCUGACCUUCGCUCCAAGCCCCAAUGCUGGGACCAUGGAUGCAACGGACGAUCGUUUUCAACUUUCAGCAACCUGUUACGCCAUCAGAGAGAAAAGGCCGGUCUUUCCGUCAAAGCCGAAUGCCCGUACUGUGGAGCCGCCUUCACCAGGUCGACCGCACGCAACGGACACCUUGAGCGAGGCCGAUGCAAAGCCAUGAGGGAGGAAUGA